CUCUUUGUCUCUCUUUAACUUGCAGGAGUCUGAGUCUGAGAACAAGCUGGAUGGAGAGACAGCAUCAGACAGUGAAAGCAAAUCUGAGUUUGGAGGAUCCCCCCCGGUGCCAACAUCAGAUGACACUCCAGAGGUCCUCAACAGAGCCCUCUCCAACCUGUCCUCAAGAUGGAAGAAUUGGUGGGUGAGAGGCAUCCUCACGCUGGCAAUGAUUACCUUCUUCUUCAUCAUCAUCUACUUGGGACCCAUGGUCUUAAUGACAAUAGUGAUGUGUGUCCAGAUCAAAUGUUUCCAUGAGAUUAUCACUAUUGGCUAUAACGUGUACCACUCAUAUGACCUGCCCUGGUUCAGGACACUCAGCUGGUACUUCCUGCUCUGUGUAAACUACUUCUUCUAUGGUGAGACUGUGACAGAUUACUUCUUCACCCUGGUUCAGAGGGAGGAGCCCCUGCGGAUCCUCAGCAAAUACCACCGCUUCAUUUCUUUCACCCUCUACUUAACAGGUUUCUGCAUGUUUGUCUUGAGUCUGGUGAAGAAACAUUAUCGCCUCCAAUUCUACAUGUUUGGAUGGACCCAUGUGACGUUGCUGAUCGUUGUUACCCAGUCACACCUCAUCAUCCACAACCUCUUUGAAGGGAUGAUCUGGUUCAUUGUCCCAAUUUCCUGUGUGAUCUGCAAUGACAUCAUGGCGUACAUGUUCGGGUUCUUCUUUGGCCGCACACCACUCAUCAAGCUUUCCCCAAAGAAGACCUGGGAGGGGUUUAUUGGAGGUUUUUUUGCCACCGUCUUGUUUGGAUUGCUGCUGUCCUACGUGAUGUCUGGGUACCGGUGCUUCACCUGCCCUGUGGAGUUCAACAAUGACACCAACAGCUUCACAGUGGACUGUGAGCCAUCCGAGCUGUUCCAGCUACAGGAGUACAACAUCCCUGUGGUGCUGCAGUCCGUGGUGGGCUGGAAGACAGUCCGGAUGUACCCCUUCCAAAUCCACAGCAUCGCACUGUCUACUUUUGCCUCCCUCAUUGGGCCAUUUGGAGGCUUCUUUGCAAGUGGAUUUAAGAGGGCCUUCAAAAUCAAGGACUUUGCCAACACAAUCCCAGGGCAUGGAGGUAUCAUGGACCGCUUUGACUGUCAGUACCUGAUGGCAACCUUUGUCAACGUGUACAUCGCAAGCUUCAUCAGAGGUCCCAACCCAAGCAAACUCAUCCAGCAGUUCUUAACCUUGCGGCCAGACCAGCAGCUCCACAUCUUCAACACACUAAAAGCACACCUUGUUGACAAAGGGAUAUUGGGUAGCUUGGAGGAUGCAUAGACAGUGGUGAUUGGAACAGGACUGAAAACAAACCCACCUCCUCGAGGAAAUUCCUGGCUCGCCUGAUUUAAGACAAUAACAAGGCCUCAUUUCACUGUAACUUUUCUUCCUUUCUUGUUAAAUGUUUGCAUUUGUGGGGGUUUUUUAAUAAUAAAUUUCUAUAGCUUUGGUUCA